AUGUCUUCCGCCAACCAGUCCCGCACCACCACCCAGAGCGUCGUCCAGACGCACAUGGAGCGCCGGCCCUCGACCUUCCUCUCUCUGGCCCCCGAGACCUCUGCCUCGUACCCCACCACCCAGAGCACCGCGCCAGGCCUUGCCCGCCGCAGCUCCAGCCUCGGCAGCCAGAGCAGCGCCGGCAGCCUGCGUUUCCUCAAGCUCGGCCCCGUCCACUGGGGUGAGCACCAGGGCGAGCACAAGGACGACUUCCACGAGGUCGCCGUCGAGUAG